AUGAGCCUAAGCGCAGCAGCAGGAGGAGGGCCGUACAGCCACUGGGCACGUGAGAGAGGGCAGCGCAACACGGUCACCCUCCCCUUUCUGAAUGCCACCAUGCCAUCUACCGGCCACUUGAAACCGUCUGCUUUCAGGCCCACGGAAGAGGAGGGGAAAAAGGUGCUUGGAGGGCUGAGGCUAGGCGGAAAGCUCAGCUUCCUGUCGGCUGGAGCUCACGGCCUUGCGUAUCGCGCCACCAAUGUCUCAGAGGCGUCCCACAUACAGUUCUUUGCAUCCCUGUCAUCUGACGUUAUUGGCAAUCCACAAAGCGCUCCACAAAAGGUGAUCAUCAAGGUCCACCGCUUGGACAAGUUUGACGACAUUGCUGCUGCUCGGAUGGAGUGCAAGAUGCAGGCAUGGAUCCACAGCCAAGAGACGACCUUCCAAGGUGCAAAGGUCCGGGGCAGCGAGGUCGUGCCGCCCAUCUUCUAUGCGGGCCUCCUGGACGGAGGCGAGAAGGGGAUGGUUUUCAUCACAGUCAUGGGUGAGGCCCCAGGCGUUGUGCUCCGAGAGUUCCUGACUCGGCGUUCAAACAGGUUGACGGGCUUCGAGUACGCACUCAUCGAGAGGGCUAUCCUCACGCUCUGGCUCCUAGGGGUCGUCCAUGCGGACCUGCACGAAGCCAACAUCUUCAUCGACGAGAAGUCGGAGAAGGUGACAAUCAUCGAUUUCGGGUACGCCCUGAUACUGCCCAAAGCAAGGGCAACGCAAGUCAGGACCGCCCUUGAUCAGGGGGCUAACAUGAACACGCUCUGGAACGACAAGAAGACGGGGCUCCGCAUGAACGUGAAUGCCAUCCAGGCUGGCCGCAGGUAUGAUUGGUACAACCCAGAGGCAAAGGCUGCGCGCUACUUUCGGACACUUGUUGCCGCCGAGGACAAACCAACUCUGAGUGCCAACAGGGCAAAGGCAUGGGGCCAGCAGAAGUCAGCAUCCUCUUACCAUAGCGCGCACUCGAGUGGGGUCCCGGUGCUGCGCAAAGGGGGGAAGCGCGUGCGUUUCAGAGAGACACCCCCACAAGUCAUCCGGUACAAAACAAAUAGCUCCGUCCCGGUGAUGAUACCGGGCAGGAAGCGUGUCUCACUGCCCCCGCGGACACCGGUCCCAAAACGCUCACCGCCCGUUGCAGGCAAAGGCACGCGGCAAAAGCGCCAGAGAGAGCCAUCCAAGAGGCAGCAGGAGCUUCUGAGGCGGCUCACCAUGUCCCGCCCGGGGUUCGCGACCAGCACGGGGGGCAGGCACUAUGUCCAGAACCCAAAGACCGGUGUCUGGCGCCUUUCGCCAGGCGUACCUCGCAAGGGAGGCCGCUCCACGAGGCAGCUGAAGCUUAACAGCCUGCUGACAGCAUCCGGUCACAGCCCUCGAGGUCGGGCUUAUACAAAGGACACCAAGGGGCUGUGGAGGCUGGUUAAGGGCCCUGAUGGUUACGCCCCGAGGAGAAAGCCAUACCCAUUUCCCAAGGGCGUGAAGUCAGGUUUCGUCCUGGAUAGGAGCGGUGGCAAGCGGUACAGCUACAAAGUGGACAUCGUGUGGGAUGGCAUGCGACCUAUGUUCAAGGCAAAUGACAUUGGCACGGUGCUGGGCAUGACCAACAUCCGGGCAACACUCCAAAGCUAUGAUGAGGACGAGAAGGUCGUAAAGACCGUUGACUCCCUCGGUGGUAUGCAAGAGACGACCUACCUGACGGAGCGUGGGUUGUACCGCCUGCUCAUGCAGUCCCGCAAGCCAGCAGCAAGACCGUUCCAGAAGUGGGUGGUACAGGUGAUCGAGACGAUCCGUCAGAAGGGCCACUACGAUCUAGAGGCUGCAGUGUACGAGGCCAAGGAAGCUACACGCCUUGCAGAAGCAGCGGCAGCACAGAAGAUUGAAGAGCUUCUUGUUGAGCAGGCAAAGGUUUCAAAGGCAGCAACGGAUGCUGCUCGACAUACCACCCUCAUCAAUGCUUUCAAGAAGGGGGACUGUCUGGUGUACUUUGGCAAGAUACGGGACGAGCCAAAUUCCAAGUCUUUGAUCAAGAUUGGGAGUACGAAGGACCUCAAGGACCGUGCAGUAGGCUUGGAGAGAGAGUUUGGAGCAAUGCAGAUCUUUGAGGUCUUCCAGGUCAGCUUGUACCGCCAGUUCGAGGAGUUCCUGCAAGGGCAUCCACGCAUUGCUGAGCACGUGUACAAGCAACCUAUCCAUAACGGGCACUACUCGAACCGGGAGGUGUUCAAGAUGAAUUCUGAGCAAGUGGAACUUGCUGUCCAGAUUGCAAAGCGACAUCAGACAACUUAUAAUGAUCGUGCAACAACGGAGCAGCUCGUAGAGCUUGAGCUUUUACGCUACAAGAACAGCCUGCUGCAAAGCAACCUCACUGGCACAGAAGUCAAGGAACCCAUCCCAUAUUACACUCCGCCAGACGACCGUCGUUAUACACAGAGACGUGGGGACAAGAUCCAGAGAUACUCGAGUGAUGGUAAGUAG